UUAUCGUUUAUUAAUUUGUAAAACUUUUUAAUGAUGAGCUUAGGAAUGUUUAAGUGAACAACAUCAUAUUAUCAUGAUAAAAUUGAUGAUAUUGUUGUUAUAUGAAACCACAGCAACAUGCUUUCUGAACUGGAUAUCGAUUGAUAAAAUUGAUAUGAUAAAAUUGAUAAGGAUUACCAUGACAAACGAUUAGUUUGGAGUGGCUUGUUUAGACGCUACAAACGAAUAAAUACUAUGUCAGCAAAUGAAAGCAAGGGCCAGUAAUAGUUACGUAAAUCACAACAUUUCCCACAUCCGACAACGGUUCAACUGGGAUUGUGGAAUAGCUUGCGUCCUCAUGCUGCUGUCUGAGCAGCAGAGGAAGGAAUUCAUAGAAGGGUUCUCGCGAAUAUGCCUAGAAGAGGGCUUCGGACAUGCCACUUGGACGAUAGACCUCUGUUACUUGCUGAAGAGGUUCGGCAUUAAGCAUCGCAUGUACACUACGAGACAAGCAGCAAACAAUAGAGCCCGUAGUGACGAGGUAGCCAAUCGUGUACGGAACCGAUUCAGAAACGCGUCACACAAUGGUAUCACGGUGGUGGACGGCGUUCUCUCCACGGAGCAAGUGAUCACUCACGUGGUCUCCACCGGACCAGCUAUCGUCCUCGUGGACGCUGCUCUGCUGUCCUGCGACCUGUGCAAACACAACAAACUCACGUCUGAAUUUAGGCGAAUAUUCGGCGGUAGCUACCGCGGCCACUACAUCCUGGUCGUGGACUGGGCGGGCGGCAGGCUGCGGUACCACAACCCCGCUCGCGCUCACCCGCUCUGCGCCACCACGCGCAAAAAUUUGCGCGUCGCCAGAACACCGCCGCAUACUGACUGCGAUGUUAUACUCGUAUAAAACCAAUAUAAAUAAAUUAUUCAA